AUGUCUCUCUCCGGUCGAUCUCUGCUCGCCCUUGUCGGCCAAGGCUCCCGUCGCGCCACGCUGACGGCGAGCCCGGUGGCGUCGUCUUCGCGGUCGAUGCUGCGCUUCGAGUCGACGUCGACGGCCACCUCUGAGAGUGUCGCCGCCGCAACGGGCACGGCGCCGACCCACUACCGCAUCACGCUGCGCCGGUCCGGCAUCGGCAUGCCUGCCAAGACGAACCGGAUCCUCAGCUCGCUCGGGCUGACGAAGCGGCUGCAGAGCGUCUACCGCCCCAUUGGACCCGAGAUGGCGGGCGCCAUCCUGGCGGUCAAGGAGCUGCUGCACGUCGACAAUGUGCGCCGACUCGACACGCCCGAGCAGCAGGCGCUCACCGACGAAGAGGCCGUCUGGGUCAAUGCGGCGGGCGAAGUCGUCGAUGCCGGCAAGUCGAGCCGCAAGGCGCCGCGCGGCUACCGCGUCGUUGGCAGCCUCGUCGACGAGGCCCGCGACCGCCAGCUCAAGGGCGAGCAGCAGUAG